GCAGAAUUGGAAGAAGAAGUGAGAAAAAUUAUGGAGGGAGGAGUCAGUGAUCCAGAUCCAUUUGAGGAUAGUGGCAGUGAUUGGGAAGAAGAUAAUAUUGAAGAAGAAUCGAUGAAGGGAUCAGAUGAUUCAAAUGAUGAAUUCUAUUUGGACGAGAAUGUUCCUAUAAAUGAACAAGAAACGACUACUUCGGCAGAGAAAAGGAAUGAUGACGGCCAUGUGAACUCCGACGAUCCCGUACAUCAACCUCAACUUGAACCUUGUAAAACAAAUCACUUUCUAGUUAAACCCAAUAUUUUGAGUUUGAAAGGAAAGAAUGGUCAGAGAUGGACAUCAACAAAGCCCAGCAGAACUAAAAGAACUGCUUCAAGAAACCUCAUCCAUUUUGUGGCAGGCCCGAAAGGUGAAGCGAAGGAGUAUGUGACACUGGAAGAAUAUUUUUUACAUUUCUUCUCUGAUCCUAUUCUUGAUAUAAUAUUACUACACACUAAUGAAGAAAUUGUACGACAAAGGCAAAAUUACACGGGUAACAACAAUGUGUCACCUACCACUAAAGAAGAACUACAGGCGCUGUUUGCAAUUUUGAUACUCUCGGCUGCCAAGAAAGGCAUCCAUCUAUCUGCCAGACAUAUGUUUGAUAUGACGAUUUCUGGUUCCUUCUAUAGAGCCUGCAUGAGCUGUGACAGAUUUAUGUUCUUACUGAACUGUCUCAGAUUUGAUUUAAGAGAAACAAGACAGGAAAGAAAAAUUAAUGAUCCUUUCACCCAUAUCCGUGAGUUAUGGGAUAUUUUCAUUGAAACUUGCAGAUCAUCAUAUACACCAUCUUCUUACCUCACUAUAGACGAACAGCUUUUGGGAUUUCGUGGACGAUGUCCAUUCCGCAUGUACAUACCGAAUAAACCUUCAAAGUAUGGUAUAAAAAUUGUCAUGCUAUGUGACAACUAA